ACAUAUACAGCAUUCAAAAAAAGAAAAAAAAAAAACGAAUAAAUAAAUAAAUAAAUAAGUAAAUAAUUUAUUGCUACUUAAGAGCUUCUGUACGUUUGUGUACGUUCGUGUGGGUUUGUUUAUUACCGCAAUUGAAUAUGGAAAAUCGUUUAAUAUUGAAAAUUCUUUGUUUCACAUUAUUAGCCGGCGUGUCUGCUUCACAGACUACACAAAUUGAUUAUGGUGAGGAGCCACCCGAAGGUUAUUACGCUUUCGUCGAAUCACCCAAUGCUAUACCGCCUAAGGUAAGACCGCCGCCAUAUACGCAUGUGACUAGCAAUUGCAAGAAUGUCGCGAAUGGCAAGAAGUCCUCGGUUUCCGUUAAUAAUAUUUGCGGUGAUCUUAAUAAAGGUCAAAUACCCAAGAAUCCAAUGCGUCAAAAUGUUUUGGGCGAACCAUAUCCAUUUGAACUUAUACGCAAUCAGACAUUGAAAUUCUUUUCAAAAACGUUACCAGUUUUGAAAGCAGACGACACAUUGCCCAAGGUUACGCAAAUCAUACGCGACGAUCCGGUUGAGACACUGGACUACAACAAUAUCGAUCGUCAUUACACGGCUCGGGCCAAACGCCAAGUUUCGGAAGACGAAGUGAAAGGAGAAAUGGAGCAUCAUGAUUACGGCUAUUUUGAUCCGGCUUUAGAUGAAGAAUUGAAAUUAAAGCAACACCAAGAACAACGUAAGCCACGUAAAUUCUGCGAUGGUGGCGGAGUGUUCUGCACUAUUUAUCGAGCUUUACAGGGUGAUAGCUCACCCUCGCCCACAGCUUCGGCAAUGACGGCUGAAAGGCGGGAAGAAAUCGGUCCCAUACGCUAUGAAGGACCGCCUACACCAUGCCCGGCGAAAGUGGAAUACGCUACACCUGUAUUUGCUAAAAACUAUCAAGGAUCGUGGCGUUACGUAGUACAGAUACCCUACGAAGGUUACUUCACGCAAACCGUUGAGGUGACACGUUGCAUACAGGCACGUUGCCAUUAUUUAGAUGGUGGUUGUUUGUCAUCGCCCCGUUGGGUUAGCCUACUCGUGGCAGAAAUAUUCUAUCCGAAUGCGGAAGAUGCAGCAUCGUUAACUUCCACCACCACUCAAACACCUUCAGUACAAGACUUCCAAGCUUAUCAGCAAUACUUGCAAAAACGGGCCGGUGUCGCCACUGCUUCAGAUAAUACCAAUGUCAGCGAUAAUGGCGCUAAUAUUGAUCAACACUGUGACGGACACGAUGAGUUAGGCUGCUUUCAAGUGCGUUUAUACUACGAUUGGUUUCUGAUUCCGGGUUCUUGUAAAUGUUGGCGGCCCGAUUACUUCGCCAAAUACGUGCGACGAAAGUCGGUGGCUGAUUUGUAAAAAUUAAAAAUUUUCGCAUUUCGAAACCGCAAACGGCCGACAAGCUUGCUUUCAAAACCACAAUAAUAAUCAUAUUUGCGUAGAAAUUAAGUUCAUCAUCAUCUCUAUCCAUUUUACAAUUAUGUAUGAAAUUUUCAUUCUAAGAAUCCUUUAAUUUUCAAUUUAUUUCAACGCAUAAAUCUUUUAGGAUUUUUGAGAGUUUAAAUUUCGUUUUCAAACACCAUAAUGAUUAAAAACGCUUAACAAAAACACUCGCACGUUAUUCUCUACAUCGAUGUCAACGAGAAUCAAUUUUAACUCAUCGACAAUAUUUCCAUAGUAUGUAUUAAGCUAAUUUUACUUUACUUUACUCGAAGUGGUAUAAAAGUUAUCAAGUCUUUCAAGAAAGCCGUUGUUUCGCGAGUCGUUUGAUAGAUGAGUUCAUUCCGUGGAAAACGAGCGCAAUUCAUAUCCAUAGCAAUAUUAACAUGUUCAAAACUGUCACUGCAUCGUUCGGAAUGGGGGCGAUUUUCGAAAGCCUAUUGGGCCUAUUGGUACCACCUGCCAAAUGUCGCUUGUUAUCUGUGAAAAAAUUGUUCGAGUGAACCAUUGUGUUGUCAAUGGUUCAGAUGCGGCGCCUUUACUCAUUUACGUACCAAAAUAGAUGUAGAUAUUAAAUAAAAACACUGCAGCGAACUAAGCUCCACUAUUGGAUACUCUGCCCCGCACUAUAGUUAUUCAUAAAACGACUUUCCAAACCGUUCUAUGGCAAGUGGUGAAAAAUGUAAUCCGAUUCAAACAAUUAUCAAUAGUGUUGAGCCUUGGGCCAAAAAACGUCAGUGUACUAAAUUCCGUUUAAAUAAACCAAAAAUUUGCGGACUGUAGAUUGAACUUAAGAAAGAGUGAACAAAUGGACAAGAAUCCGUUUCUGAAUCGAUUGGUAUAAUAAAAAGUGGGUUUACCCUAAGUCCUUCUGGGUGUUGCUUACAUCCGCACAAACUUAAUACAUCACAAAUAGUGUAGUGUAUAAAAUGUUUACCAAUUCAAGCCGGAAAAGAUGUCCAACACUUAGGACCUGUAGGUUGAAAAAACAAAAAAACAAUAAAUCGGACAGACAUACAGACACCGUUAAAUGGGUUUAGAAAAUAAUACUGAAUCAAUCGGUACAAUAAAAUAUGGCUCUAUCACAAGUACUCCUAGGUGUUAAAUUCAUCUGCACAUACUCAAGAUAACCAUUUAUCACAAAUGGUGUUGGGUAUAAUGAGCCUCAUCACUCAGUAUAAUUUUAUUCAUGCAUUUCCAGUACGCAAUAAGCGAAUGUAUAGCAGGUGCGUCUGGCAGAGAACAUUUUCUACUUUUUACUUUUCAAAUAUAAUCGUGAUAACAGUUGUAUGUUGACAGCACUGCUUGUUAAAAGAGCCUACUCCUAUAAGACGACCCAACUGAGCAUUAAGUAAAUCUGUAUUUUUUACUGCCGCGAAUCGACAAAGGAUGUUUAAUAACAUGAUUUUGCUGAUUCUUGCCGUUAAUAGGACUUUCUUAUAAUUAAUUUAUCGAUUUCUAUUGAUCGCAUAACACAGUUAUCUCACAGUUAUUGGUUACCGUCGACAGUAGGUUUAUAUUAAUCAGAUAUUUGCAAAGUUUUUUUUUGUCGACAAAAGGGUUUUCGGCUAAACGAAAGACAAAGUCGAAUUUGCCGACUUUCAUCGACGAUUAGCAUUUU